CAAAGCCCGGCAUAUAAAACCCCGUGAAGAAGAGCAGAAACGCGUCAAAGAAGAAGACGCGGCAGUAGUUCUUCAGCGACGAAAAUGGCUUUGAGGGCAGGUUUGAGAAGCAAGCGGGGUUUAACAGUUCUUCUGUCCCAGCUGUCCUCCUGCAGCAAUCAUGGCACUGCUCGUGUGGCUCCUGUCCUUGUUGCUCAGGGGAGGAACAGCUCCACCUCACAGCAGGUCAAAGUAGAUUUUGACCAGAGCACAGGCGUGGCAGUGAUGCGCAUGCAGAGUCCUCCGGUCAACAGCCUUAAUUUAGAGCUUCUCACCGAUAUCUGCAUCGCUCUGGAGAAGCUGGAGAUGGAUAAGAGCUGCAGAGGCCUCAUCAUCACCUCAAACCAGCCCAAGGUUUUCUCAGCCGGGCUGGACAUCUUGGAGAUGUAUGGGAAGAGUCCGGAGCACUGCGGGGAGUUCUGGAAAGCUGUACAAGAGAUGUGGCUGAAAUUCUAUGGCUCUAACCUGGUCACUAUAGCAGCAAUCAAUGGUUCCAGUCCUGCAGGAGGCUGUCUGAUGGCUAUGACGUGUGAUUAUAGAAUAAUGGCAGAUAACCCUCGUUACAGCAUCGGGCUCAAUGAGACACAGCUCGGCAUUGUAGCACCUUUUUGGUUUAAGGACACUUUGAUGAACACAGUGGGCCAUCGGACCACAGAGAUGGCCCUAGAGUUGGGGCUGCUCUACAGCCCUGCAGAGGCCCUGAAGAUAGGAAUGGUGGACCAGCUGGUGCCUGAAGACCAGGUCCUCACUACAGCCACAGAGGCCAUGACUAAGUGGUUGGCCAUCCCAGACCACGCCAGACAGAUCACAAAGUCCAUGAUAAGGAAGCCGACCAUCGACAAGCUGAUGUCCAACAGAGAGGACGAUGUCAAGAACUUUGUCAAGUUCAUCAGCAAAGACUCUAUUCAGAAGUCGCUGGGAGUGUAUCUGGAGAUGCUUAAAAAGAGAAAGGCUUAGAGGGAAACGCUAACACACGCACACAUUACAGGAGCUUUGUGGCACUAGUUUAACCAGAACACAGGAUGAUCUGACAUUAAGCAUUGAGCAAGCUCCACUUUCAGGAAACAAACACCUAGCAUUUACACCCUAAGAUUUAAAAAAAAUAAAAUAAAAUCAAAAAUAAAUCAGUGAAAAGUUACAAAAUAGCUGUACACUCGGGCAGCCUGCGGAGCUACGUCUGUCACACAGCAUUACCUACAGUAUGGUUACCUGAGCAAACAGCUAAUUGUUGCCACAGAAAGGUCUCCAUCACUAACGUGCCUGUCCCUGCACUCUAAAAAGCCAACGGUGGCAAAGCCUUUGUCGUCUCUGUGACAAAUUUAUGUAUCUUUUCAAAGUGUUCUGUUUUUGACUGUGAACGAUCUGCAUAAAUGAGUGGAUUAAACUGUGUGAUUUAAUGCGUCA